AACAUGCUUUUGGCCCAAAAGUUUUGGGGGCUCACUCUCGCUUUCUUUUAUGAUUUAAACCCUGGAACUUGGAAGGGCUGAAACCCCUCACUCUCCCUCUGUUAAACCCUUAAUAGUGUGAAAAUGAUGAAGCUACAGGGAUUGUUGCAGUUCAGGAACUCUUCUGAAAAUUUGUUUUUCAGGAGAGCUGGUGACCUCAAAGAUGCUUUAAGAUUGCAUACAUUUACAUCCUUGUCUUGCUUUUCGACUGCUAGCCAGAACCUUUCCGGACAUUCCACUAACCGGAUCUUUGCUCCUUAUUAUGUAUAUAAGGGCAAAGCAGCACUCUCCGUUCAGCCAGUCCUUCCAACAUUCGCUAAAUCACAAUAUGGUAGUCUCAAAAUGGAUCGGCGUGGUUCUGUGAUGUUGUCUUUUUGCCCUGCUAUUGGUGAACGAAAGUAUGACCGGGAAAAGCGGCAGGUAUUUGCUUUAUCAGCGACAGAAGUUGGGUCUUUGAUAAGCUUGGGUCCCAAAGAUUCUUCUGAAUUCUUCCAUGACCCUUCAAUGAAAUCAAGCAAUGCUGGUCAAGUGAGGAAGAGCUUAUCGAUUAAGCCGCAGGCUGAUGGCAAUGGCUAUCUUCUUUCUCUAAGUGUUACGAACAACAUUCUGAAAACCAAUGAAAAGUUUAUUGUUCCUGUCACAACUGCAGAAUUCGCGGUGAUAAAGUCAGCCUGCAAUUUUGCAUUGCCCCACAUCAUGGGUUGGGAUUACUUGACCAAGCUGUCUGGGGAUACAGGGAGUAAUCAGUUGACCAUGCUGCCUGGAGAUAGAGGGGGUAAUCCGUCAAAAAUGAUUCCUCGACAUCUGGAGUCGGAGUGGGAUAGAUGAGUAUACGCAGCAAAUUGUCAAAUGGGUUCUGAUAUUGUGACCUUGUUUGCUUCCCAUUUUGAUUAUGGUUGCAUGGGCACAGCUUAUUUUGAAGACUAUCCCAUUGUGGGAAAUGCUCUUGUUGUUCAUCAUUUUGCGUUGGCAUUCCUUGUUUGAAAAACUUGAAUUGAAUGUGACUUGGUUGGUAAUAUGUAAUAUGAAUGGAUGGGUAAGGAAAGGAUGUUGAUGUGCUCAGUUGAAAAUUUGUAAGUGAAGUAGCCUUUUGCUUUAUGCUUGGA